UCGAAGCUGUCGAUGUUUCACGAUAAGGGUGCUUCGCGAGGAAAACUGUAAACGACGAUCGACCCUUUGGUCGGUAAACUGAAAGCAAAAUGACCACGGAGGAAACGGAACCCUUAAUUCCCUCCAAAGUGUCGACUCCCUAUGGGAAUAAUAAACUACAAUCCGUCUCGUACAACGCGAUCUCGUUGGAAGGAACGAGUUCGACGUCGUUCAAUUUGAAGCCCAUCUUGCGUGGUUCGAGCGGAACGGUAACCCCGUUAACGUCGGCGACGAUACCGAGCCGUUCGGAAAACGAAUCGAUUACGUAUACUUGGAGCGAUUUGAACGUGUACGUUGCGAGGAGGAACGAGAAAAUGUGGGAUGCUUUGUUCAAGAGGAAGAGACCGAUCGAGCAAAGGCAUCUGUUAAAAGAUGUGUGUGGUGUAGCUUAUCCCGGUGAAUUAUUGGUGAUUAUGGGCUCCUCUGGUGCCGGUAAAACGACUUUACUGAACGCUCUAACGUUCCGUUCGGGUCGCGGGGUGACCGUGUCCGGUGUGAUGGCCGCGAACGGAAAGAGGGUGUCCUCCACGAUACUGACAUCGAGAACCGCAUACGUGCAACAGGACGACCUGUUCGUCGGCACUCUAACCGUGAAGGAGCAUCUUCUGUUUCAGGCCAUGGUACGGAUGGAUCGAAAAAUCCCCAUGGAACAACGAAUCGAUAGGGUGAAUCAAGUGAUCAAUGAGCUCGCUUUAACGAAAUGUAGAAACACCGUGAUCGGACAACCGGGACGCAUCAAGGGCCUCUCCGGAGGCGAGAUGAAAAGAUUAUCCUUCGCGUCGGAAGUUCUUACCGAUCCACCGUUGAUGUUCUGCGACGAACCGACCUCGGGUCUCGAUUCUUUUAUGGCGCACCAAGUGGUCUCUGUGUUGAAGGCAUUAGCUGCACGCGGCAAGACGAUCGUCGCUACGUUGCAUCAACCCUCCUCGGAAUUGUUCGCCCUGUUCGAUAAAAUCCUGCUGAUGGCCGAGGGAAAGGUAGCCUUUAUGGGCACAGCGUCGCAAGCUUGCGCUUUCUUCGAGUCGCUCGGCGCCGCUUGCCCAAGUAAUUACAACCCGGCGGAUUAUUUCAUUCAACUGUUAGCGGUUGUGCCGGGUCAGGAAGCGUCGUGUCGCCACGCCAUAAACACCGUGUGCGACGCCUUCCGGAAGAGCGAUCACGGUAUUAAAAUCGCGCUCGAAGCGGAAGCGGUGAACGGGGAAUUCGAGGAUUCCCUCCGAAACUCCAAGCACCCGGAGUCACGUUCGCCGUACAAAGCAAGCUGGUGCGAACAAUUUCGCGCGGUUUUAUGGCGGUCCUGGCUGUCGGUGAUCAAGGAACCGAUCCUCGUUAAAGUUCGUCUCCUGCAGACUGUCAUGGUGUCGCUGUUGAUCGGAAUCGUUUAUUUCAACCAGCAGCUCGAUCAGGACGGUGUAAUGAACAUCAACGGUGCUCUAUUUAUAUUCCUCACCAACAUGACCUUUCAGAACGUCUUCGCCGUGAUCAACGUUUUCUGCGCGGAAUUGCCGAUAUUUCUACGCGAGCAUCGAAACGGCAUGUACCGUACCGACGUGUACUUCUUGUGUAAGACACUCGCGGAAGCGCCCAUCUUCGUAGCUGUGCCACUGCUGUUCACCAUGGUCGCCUACCCUAUGAUCGGACUGUAUCCAGGGGUUGAUCACUUCUUCGUUGCUGUUGGUAUCGUCGCUCUGGUUGCUAACGUUUCUACUUCUUUUGGCUACCUGAUAUCCUGCAUCAGCAAUAAUUUAUCCAUGGCGCUGUCCGUUGGUCCUCCAGUGAUAAUACCGUUUCUAUUGUUCGGUGGAUUUUUUCUGAACACAGCAUCCGUUCCGUUCUAUUUCGAAUGGUUCUCCUAUCUGUCUUGGUUUCGCUACGGUAACGAAGCUCUGCUUAUCAACCAGUGGUCCGAAGUGGAAUCCAUAGCGUGUACGAGAAGCAACGCGACCUGCCCGAAAACUGGACGGAUGGUGUUGCAAAUGUACAAUUUUAAAGAGGAACAUUUCUACGCGGACAUCGUUUGCCUCUUCUCCCUGAUCGUCGCGUUUCGUUUCCUGGCCUUCCUCGCUCUGUUCUGGAGGACCCGGAGGAACUCUAAAUACGUCCUCGAUCAAACGCAUUUCCCUUAUUUCUAUACUCGUUGUACUUACUUUAUCGAAAUCGAGCGACUGGGUGGUGAGAAGCAUCGGGGACGGUAUUCAUUGUCAGUAAGAAUCUCGUUUGCGAAACGAUCGUACCGCUUCUCCCGAUCAUUUUUCAAAAUAACAAUGUACGCUUCGAAAGAAAGCGACGAUUGGUCUAAUAACGAGGAGAAUCGUAGGAGAAGAGAAACGAUCGACAACGUGACUCUGUCUUGGAGGGAUGUGUCCGUGUUCGCGAUGGAUCGCGGACGAAGAAGCGUGUGCAAACAAUUGAUCGACAACGUGCGCGGUAUGGCGAGAGCUGGCGAUGUGACAGCGAUAAUUGGUUCAAGCGGAGCUGGCAAAAGUUCGUUGAUGGCGGCGUUGGCUUUUCGCACCGGCACUGAACUUUUGGUACGCGGUGAUAUAAGAGCGAACGGGAUCCCGGUCGAUUCUUCGUACAUGAUGCAGAACAGCGGAUACAUGCAUCAAGAGGACAUGUUCGUGGAAACGAUGACCGUGAUCGAACAUCUUUGGUUUAUGGCUCGAAUGAAGCUUGAUGGAAAGACAGGAGUACAGGAUAUUCGAGGAACUAUUGAUCGAUUGGUGAACGAUGUCGGGUUAACUAGUAGAAGAGAUGUGCGAAUCGGUAAUGGCAUCGACGAUAAAUUGUUAUCUGGCGGAGAAAGGAAGAGGUUGGCCUUUGCUACGGAACUGUUAACGGAUCCAAAAAUCUUGUUCUUGGACGAGCCAACCACUGGACUGGAUUCCCAUUCAGCAAACUGUUUAAUUACCCAGCUGAAGAGUUUCGCGGCUAAAGGACGAACGGUACUCUGCACGAUACACCAACCAAGCUCCGCCAUAUUCGGUUCCUUCAACCGGAUAAUCUUGAUCGGCGAUGGACGAGUGGUGUUCGCUGGACAAAUCGAUCAAGCGAUCAAAUUUUUCGCAAGUCAAGGCUACGAGUGUCCCCGCAAUUACAAUCCUGCCGAUUUCCUGAUAGCAGUCGUGUCUUCCGGUUCCAAACACGAAGAUGGUCAAACGACCACGCGGAAAUUGUGCAAUUUAUUUUUAACCAGCGAGGCUUCCAACGAAAUCGAUUAUAUUUUUCGAAGGGAGAUCGAAUCGGUGAAUUCUUUCCAUCCUAGCAAGGAAUUACCUUUCAACGCUAAAGCUGUCGCGAGGAAAGGAUCGCGAUACUGCACGCGACUUUAUUGGUUGGUUUAUCGAGAUUUCCUGCAAGUGUUGAGAGAUCCAUCGGUACAAAUCGUCAGGAUACUUCAGAAAGUGAGCGUCGCGACGAUCGCUGGCCUCUGCUUCGUGGGCUCGGUGAAUUUCGAUCAGCUUGGAAUCCAGGCAACCCAGGGGGUGAUUUUUAUUUUGGUAUCAGAGAACGCGUUUUUCCCGAUGUACGCCACGUUAGCUUUGAUACCGCAAGAAUUGCCGCUUCUUCGAAGAGAAUACCGGGAUGGAAUGUACCCGGUUCAUCUGUACUACGUCGCUCGUCUGCUUUCUUUGGCAAGUAGAUUUCUGUAAUUAGUUGUAAAUGGUUUCUAUCGGUUCCUUUCAUUAGUCGGAUUGCAGAUACCCGGAUUGAUCGUAGAGCCGCUGUUAUUCGCAACGAUAAUAUAUUGGCUGGCUGGUUUGCGAGAAACGGUCGAAGCAUUUGGAUUGUCGUUGUUGGUUCUCCUGCUGACGAUCAACGUGUCUACCGCCUGUGGAUGUUUCUUCUCGACGGUGUUUGAAAACGUACCAUUGGCGAUGGCGUACUUGGUACCUUUUGAUUACGUACUUAUGAUCACUAUGGGUCCCUUCGUUAAGCUUGGAUCACUGCCAGUGUACAUCGGAUGGGUGAAAUAUAUUUCUUGGUUACUACAUUCUAGUGAAGCGCUUAGCAUUCUUCAAUGGAACGACGUACACAAUAUAUCUUGUGAAACAAUCGAUCCGGAAUUGCCGUGUAUCACCGAAGGAUUGCAAGUUUUGCAACGUUAUGACUUUGAUGAGGAUCACUUUUGGAUGGACAUGGUGCUAAUGGCAGUAAUUUAUCUUAUUUUUCAUGUACUGGCUUACGUUUGUCUUUGGAAUCGUUGCCGAUGGAAAUAA